AUGGCCCUGGCGUGGUGCCCGUCACUGCGGCAUCAGGUGCCAGCCCCGCAUCCCCGGUGGGCGGUGGCGUCCUCGGCCGGGGAGCAGAGCCCCCGAGCAGUGCAGGAUUACUAUGGCAAAGAGCUGCGGAGCUCGGAGGACCUGAAGACCAUGGCUUGCGUCACGCCAGCCCAGCCAUUGCCCUGGGCAGCCAGGGAAGCGCUGGAGCGAGUGCAUGAAGAGGUGGCGGCCAGGUACUACGGCUGCGGGCUGGUCCUGCCCGAGUGUCUGGCGUCCUGCCGCGUGCUGGACCUGGGCAGCGGCAGCGGCAGAGACUGCUAUGUGCUCAGCCAGCUCGUGGGGGAGAAGGGCCACGUCACCGGCAUAGACAUGACCAAGGAGCAGGUGGAGGUGGGGAAGAAGCACCUUGCCUACCACAUGGACAAAUUUGGCUACCGAGUGCCCAACGUGGACUUUAUCUGGGGCUUCAUGGAGAAGCUGGAGGACGCCGGGCUGGCCAACGAGAGCUACGAUGUUGUCUGCUCCAACUGUGUGGUCAACCUCGCGCCGGACAAGAGCGCUGUCCUGAGGGAGGCCUACCAAGUGCUGAAGCCUGGGGGAGAGAUGCACCUCAGUGAUGUCUAUGUGAGCGGGCACCUGAGCGAGGCCGCACGGGCACACCGGGUGCUGUGGGUCCUGCGGAGCUCCAGGUUUGCGCAGCACUUCUCCAUCCAAGAUGGCAGGGCAGACGCGGGUGCUGCGCCGCCAGGCUGCUGCCCCAGGAGGACGAAGGAGAGGAUCUGCGAUCCCUUCGAGCUGCUGGAGCAGCGGGGUGUCCCGGGACCUGCCUGCCGCCCUACCAGCGCCUGCGGCGCUCGCGGGUGCUGCUGA